CACGCCGCAGCCGCCCACCCCGGGGCCCGGGCCGGGGACUAGCAGCUUUCCCCCAGGCAGCCUGAGGAGAGCCUGUGCCCCAGAAGCAGGAUGAGAAGAUGGCAAACUUCCUGUUACCUCGGGGCACCAGCAGCUUCCGUAGGUUCACUCGGGAGUCCCUGGCAGCCAUCGAGAAGCGUAUGGCAGAAAAGCAAGCCAGAGGUUCGGCCACCUCACAGGAGAGUCGUGAGGGCCUGCCAGAGGAAGAGGCUCCCCGGCCCCAGCUGGACCUGCAGGCCUCCAAAAAGCUGCCGGAUCUCUAUGGCAAUCCACCCCGAGAGCUCAUUGGGGAGCCUCUGGAAGACCUGGACCCGUUCUAUAGCACCCAGAAGACCUUCAUUGUGCUGAAUAAGGGCAAGACCAUCUUCCGGUUCAGUGCCACCAACGCCUUGUACGUCCUCAGCCCCUUCCACCCCAUCCGCAGAGCAGCUGUGAAGAUUCUGGUGCAUUCGCUCUUCAGCAUGCUAAUCAUGUGCACCAUCCUGACCAACUGCGUGUUCAUGGCCCAGCAUGACCCUCCGCCCUGGACCAAAUAUGUUGAGUACACCUUCACUGCCAUCUACACCUUUGAGUCUCUGGUCAAGAUUCUGGCUCGAGGCUUCUGCCUGCAUGCAUUCACCUUCCUUCGGGAUCCGUGGAACUGGCUGGACUUCAGUGUGAUAGUCAUGGCAUACACAACUGAAUUUGUGGACCUGGGCAAUGUCUCAGCCUUACGCACCUUCCGAGUCCUCCGGGCCCUGAAAACUAUAUCAGUCAUUUCAGGCCUGAAGACAAUUGUGGGGGCCCUGAUCCAGUCUGUGAAGAAGCUGGCCGACGUGAUGGUCCUUACGGUUUUCUGCCUCAGUGUCUUUGCCCUCAUCGGACUGCAACUCUUUAUGGGCAACCUUAGGCACAAGUGUGUCCGCAACUUCACUGCACUCAAUGGCACCAAUGGCUCUGUGGAGGCUGAUGGCAUGGUCUGGGUCUCUCUGGACCUCUACCUCAAUGACCCAGUCAAUUAUCUGCUUAAGAAUGGCACCUCCGAUGUGUUACUGUGUGGGAACAGCUCUGAUGCCGGGACAUGUCCCGAGGGCUACCGGUGCCUGAAGGCAGGGAAGAACCCUGACCAUGGCUACACCAGCUUUGACUCCUUUGCCUGGGCCUUCCUUGCACUCUUCCGCCUGAUGACACAGGACUGCUGGGAGCGCCUCUACCAGCAGACCCUUAGGUCCGCAGGGAAGAUCUAUAUGAUCUUCUUCAUGCUUGUCAUCUUCCUGGGCUCCUUCUACCUGGUGAACUUGAUCCUGGCCGUGGUGGCCAUGGCCUACGAAGAGCAAAACCAAGCCACCAUCGCUGAGACAGAGGAGAAGGAGAAGCGUUUCCAGGAGGCCAUGGAGAUGCUCAAGAAAGAGCAUGAAGCUCUCACCAUCAGGGGUGUGGAUACCGUGUCCCGGAGCUCCUUAGAGAUGUCCCCUUUGGCCCCAGUAACCAAUCAUGAAAGAAGGAGCAAGAGGAGAAAACGGUUGUCUUCAGGAACAGAGGAGUGUGGGGAUGACAGGUUCCCCAAGUCUGACUCAGAAGAUGGUCCCAGAGCAUUGAAUCGACUCAGCCUCACCCACGGGCUCAGCAGGACAUCCAUGAAGCCACGCUCCAGUCGAGGGAGCAUUUUUACCUUUCGACGACGGGAUCAGGGCUCUGAGGCAGAUUUUGCAGAUGAUGAAAACAGCACUGCAGGAGAGAGUGAGAGCCACCGCACAUCACUGCUGGUGCCCUGGCCCCUGCGCCGCCCCAGUAUCCAGGGACAGAUCAGCCCUGGGACUUCAGCCCCUGGCCACACCCUUAAUGGCAAAAGAAACAGCACAGUGGAUUGCAAUGGGGUGGUCUCCUUGCUGGGGGCAGGUGACGCAGAAGCCACUUCUCCAGGGAGCCAUCUUCUCCACCCCAUGAUGCUGGAGCGUCCCCCAGACACGACCACACCAUCAGAGGAGCCAGGUGGGCCCCAGAUGUUGACGCCCCAGGCUCCAUGUCCAGAUGGCUUUGAGGAGCCAGGAGCACGGCAGCGGGCACUCAGUGCCGUCAGUGUCCUCACCAGCGCCCUAGAAGAGUUGGAGGAGUCCCACCGAAAGUGUCCGCCAUGCUGGAACCGCUUUGCUCAGCGCUACCUGAUCUGGGAGUGCUGCCCGCUGUGGAUGUCCAUCAAGCAGAAGGUAAAGUUCGUGGUCAUGGACCCGUUUGCCGACCUCACCAUCACCAUGUGCAUCGUGCUCAACACACUCUUCAUGGCGCUGGAGCACUACAAUAUGACAACUGAGUUUGAGGAGAUGCUGCAGGUUGGAAACCUGGUCUUCACGGGAAUCUUCACAGCAGAGAUGACCUUCAAGAUCAUUGCCCUUGACCCCUACUACUACUUCCAGCAGGGCUGGAACAUCUUUGACAGCAUCAUCGUCAUCCUUAGCCUCAUGGAGCUGGGCCUGUCCCGCAUGGGAAACCUGUCGGUGUUGCGCUCCUUCCGCCUGCUACGGGUCUUCAAGCUGGCCAAAUCAUGGCCUACCCUGAACACACUCAUCAAGAUCAUCGGGAACUCGGUGGGGGCUUUGGGGAACCUGACGCUGGUGCUGGCCAUCAUUGUCUUCAUCUUUGCCGUGGUGGGCAUGCAGCUUUUUGGAAAGAACUACUCAGAGCUGAGGCACCGCAUCAGUGACUCUGGCCUACUACCCCGUUGGCAUAUGAUGGACUUCUUCCAUGCCUUCCUCAUCAUCUUCCGAAUCCUCUGUGGCGAGUGGAUUGAGACCAUGUGGGACUGCAUGGAGGUGUCUGGGCAGUCAUUGUGCCUGCUGGUCUUCCUACUUGUCAUGGUCAUUGGCAACCUUGUGGUCCUGAACCUCUUCUUGGCCUUGCUGCUCAGCUCCUUCAGCGCAGACAACCUUACUGCCCCUGAUGAGGACGGAGAGAUGAACAACCUCCAGCUGGCCCUGGCCCGCAUCCAACGGGGCCUGCGAUUCGUCAAGCGGACCACCUGGGACUUCUGCUGCGGGCUCCUGCAGAGGCGGCCUAAGAAGCCGGCAGCUCUUGCUACCCACAGCCAGCUGCCCAGCUGUAUUGCCGCCCCCAGCUCCCCACCACCCCCAGAGGUCGAAAAGGCACCCCCAGCCCGCAAGGAAACACGGUUUGAAGAAGACAAGCAGCCAGGCCAGGGCACCCCUGGAAACCCAGAGCCUGUGUGUGUGCCUAUUGCUGUGGCUGAGUCAGACACAGAUGACCAGGAAGAGGAUGAAGAGAACAGCCUGGGCACUGAGGAGGAAUCCAGCAAGCAGCAGGAAUCCCAACUUGUGUCUGAUGGCCAAGAGGCCCCUCAGGAGCCCAGGGCCUGGAGCCAGGUGUCAGAGACUGACUCCUCCGAGGCCGAGGCCAGUGUGUCUCAGGCAGACUGGCAGCAAGAGCGGAAAAUGGAGCCCCAGGCCCCGGGGUGUGGUGAGGUCCCUGAGGACAGUUACUCAGAGGGUAGCACAGCCGACAUGACCAACACUGCGGACCUCCUGGAGCAAAUCCCUGACCUCGGUGAGGAUGUCAAGGAUCCAGAGGACUGCUUCACUGAAGGUUGUGUCCGGCGCUGCCCCUGCUGCACAGUGGACACAACGCAGGCCCCGGGGAAGGUCUGGUGGCGACUGCGCAAGACCUGCUACCGCAUCGUGGAGCACAGCUGGUUUGAGACAUUCAUCAUCUUCAUGAUCCUGCUCAGCAGUGGAGCACUGGCUUUUGAAGACAUCUACCUGGAGGAGCGGAAGACCAUCAAGGUUCUGCUGGAGUAUGCCGACAAGAUGUUCACCUAUGUCUUUGUGUUGGAGAUGCUGCUCAAGUGGGUGGCCUAUGGCUUCAAGAAGUACUUCACCAAUGCCUGGUGUUGGCUUGACUUCCUCAUCGUGGACGUCUCACUCGUCAGCCUUGUGGCCAACACCCUGGGCUUUGCCGAGAUGGGCCCCAUCAAAUCACUGCGGACACUGCGUGCACUGCGACCCCUGAGGGCCUUGUCACGAUUUGAGGGCAUGAGAGUGGUGGUCAAUGCUCUGGUGGGUGCUAUCCCCUCCAUCAUGAACGUCCUCCUCGUCUGCCUCAUCUUCUGGCUCAUCUUCAGCAUCAUGGGUGUGAACCUCUUUGCGGGGAAGUUUGGUAGGUGCAUCAACCAGACUGAGGGGGACCUGCCUCUGAACUACACCAUUGUGAACAACAAGAGUGAGUGCGAGUCCUUCAAUGUGACUGGAGAAUUGUACUGGACCAAGGUGAAAGUCAACUUUGACAACGUGGGGGCUGGGUACCUGGCCCUUCUGCAAGUGGCAACAUUUAAAGGCUGGAUGGACAUUAUGUAUGCAGCUGUGGACUCCAGAGGGUAUGAGGAGCAACCGCAGUGGGAGUACAACCUCUACAUGUACAUCUACUUUGUUGUUUUCAUCAUCUUUGGCUCCUUCUUCACGCUGAACCUGUUCAUUGGUGUCAUCAUCGAUAACUUCAACCAACAGAAGAAAAAGUUAGGGGGUCAGGACAUCUUCAUGACAGAGGAACAGAAGAAAUACUACAAUGCCAUGAAGAAGCUGGGCUCCAAGAAGCCCCAGAAACCCAUCCCUCGGCCCCUGAAUAAAUACCAGGGCUUCAUAUUCGACAUUGUGACCAAGCAGGCCUUCGACGUCACCAUCAUGUUCCUUAUCUGUUUGAAUAUGGUGACCAUGAUGGUAGAGACAGAUGACCAGAGCCCUGAGAAGGUCAACAUCUUGGCCAAGAUCAACCUGCUCUUCGUGGCCAUCUUCACAGGCGAAUGCAUUGUCAAGAUGGCUGCCCUGCGCCACUAUUACUUCACCAACAGCUGGAACAUCUUUGACUUCGUGGUUGUCAUCCUCUCCAUCGUGGGCACUGUCCUCUCUGACAUCAUCCAGAAGUAUUUCUUCUCCCCGACCCUCUUCCGAGUCAUCCGCCUGGCCCGAAUCGGCCGCAUCCUCAGGCUUAUCCGUGGGGCCAAGGGGAUCCGCACAUUGCUCUUUGCCCUCAUGAUGUCCCUGCCCGCCCUCUUCAACAUCGGGCUCCUGCUGUUUCUCGUCAUGUUCAUCUACUCUAUCUUCGGCAUGGCCAAUUUUGCUUACGUCAAGUGGGAAGCAGGCAUCGAUGACAUGUUCAACUUCCAGACCUUUGGCAACAGCAUGCUGUGCCUCUUCCAGAUCACCACAUCAGCUGGCUGGGAUGGCCUCCUCAGUCCCAUCCUCAACACAGGACCCCCUUACUGUGACCCCAAUGUGCCCAACAGCAAUGACUCCCGGGGAAACUGUGGGAGCCCAGCAGUGGGCAUCCUCUUCUUCACCACCUACAUAAUCAUCUCCUUCCUCAUCGUGGUCAAUAUGUACAUUGCCAUCAUCCUAGAGAACUUCAGCGUGGCCACAGAGGAGAGCACUGAGCCCCUAAGCGAGGAUGACUUUGACAUGUUCUAUGAGAUCUGGGAGAAGUUCGAUCCAGAGGCCACUCAGUUCAUUGAGUAUUUGGCCCUGUCUGACUUUGCUGAUGCCCUGUCUGAGCCUCUCCGUAUAGCCAAGCCCAACCAGAUAAGCCUCAUCAACAUGGACCUGCCCAUGGUAAGUGGGGACCGUAUCCACUGUAUGGACAUCCUGUUUGCCUUCACUAAGAGGGUGCUGGGGGAAUCUGGGGAGAUGGAUGCCCUAAAGAUCCAAAUGGAGGAGAAGUUUAUGGCAGCCAACCCAUCCAAGAUCUCCUACGAGCCCAUCACUACCACCCUCCGGCGCAAGCAUGAGGAGGUAUCUGCUACCGUCAUCCAACGGGCCUUCCGGAGGCACCUGCUGCAGCGCUCAGUGAAACAUGCUUCCUUCCUCUACCGCCAGCAAGCAGGCAGCAGCGGCCUGUCAGAUGAGGACGCCCCAGAGCGGGAAGGCCUCAUUGCCUACAUGAUGAAUGAAAACUUCUCCCGGCACAGUGGCCCACCCUCCAGCUCCUCCAUCUCCUCCACAUCCUUCCCCCCCUCCUACGACAGCAUCACGAGGGCCACCAGCGAUAACCUCCCUGUGCGUGCAUCUGACUACAGCCGCAGUGAAGAUCUCGCCGACUUCCCUCCAUCCCCAGACAGGGACCGUGAGUCUAUAGUAUGAGACUGGCUUCAGCUGGCCAGGACACACCCUGUUGCAUCCUGACAAACCUGAAUGUAGUCAAAACCAGCGCCAGCUGGGGCCUACCUGGCUGUGGGCUUUGGAGGUAACAGAAGAGCCUCAGUCCUGAGGAUCUACACGGCAGAGUUCUGUGGCAUGGCAUUGAAGCCAGAAGCAGCUAAAGGAACCCCUGUCUGUGGAAGCCUGUCCCUGAAGCUCAGACACAUCCUAGUAGCCUGGUCUGCUCAGGCAGCAAGCACCCUGCAGCUCUGAACAGCAACUCCAUCCCAGCCACUGAAGCAAAAUACAAACCUGAGCCCAUACAUGUCGUGACUGGGGCAUUCAUAAAUUUAUUAUAUUUGAUAUUUUUUUACCUGAGCAAAGAACAUUUUUUUCCAUGAACAUCCGCAGCAGUUCACACUGCCCCCUCUUAACCCUGAACAAGCAUAUCUGUGGAGCUGCUGAACUCUGCCCUCAAAGCCAAAGUGGGAUCCUGUGUGGCUUCCCCAGGCGUUCGUGACCAGAGAGGAACAAGGCUUCCACCACUAGGGCUGAGGUGCCAGGAAGGCUGAAGGUCCUCGCUCACACAUGUGUGCACACACUCCUCAUACACAGAGACCAGACGAAGGCCACAGGAGCCCAGGCUCCCCUCAGGCAAGUGUUUGGAAAGGAGACAGGCCUUUCCUCCCAGCCCACGUGCUUGGGGUUCUUCCAAUGGGUUCAUUCUAGGCUCCUGUUGUCCCCAGGGUUCCAUUUUCCUCUUUUUAUUCAGGCUGCGCCAAGGUCAGUGCUACAAAAAUAAAAAACUUCCAGAAGAGCAGCCCAGGUCACAGAGACUGAAACUGCCCUUUCUUCUCUCCUAAGAGUAUUAAUAUUGGAGCCCAAAGGAGCCAGCCCCGCUAACAACCAGGCACACCUGGAACCUGGCAGUCCCUCUCCACAGGCCAAUGGAUGAGAAGGCUGCUCCAUGUGGGCUGUUGAACUGCGCCCAGCCAUGGUGGCCACACAGCCCAGCUGGCCAAAAGAAGUGGUCUCCAUUUCCAAAGCUGCCCUGGAUCUCUCUCCCUCUGACCACAUGGGGAUGGGAUCCCCAUAGGGGAUCCAGCUCUACAGACACAGUGUGUAGAAGUGGGAGGGCAGCAUGGUCCUGGCUAAGAAAGGCCCUGGAUGGUCAGGUCUGAUUCUACACCCUGGAGGGAACCAUGCAUCCCAUUGUGAAAGGAGGUAAUGAGGCAUUGGGGCUCAGCCCAGAGCCUAGGGAUGCCCACAUGUAGGACUCCUGAGGGCAGGGACCUGGCCAUCCCAGGAGUCUUCUGAGAAGGCUUUUUCAGGGAAAAAAUACUUUUACUAGUCCAAUGCUCCCCACUGACCUCUUCAGCUGCUGACAAUCCUAUUUAGCAUAUGCAAUUCUUUUAAUGUAGAGAACUGUCACCCCUGAGGUGACAGGAUUAGCUGGUGGAGUCUGAGCAGGCAGGGACUCAACUCGGCUGCCCAAUUCUAGCUCUCCAGCAGAGCCACCCUCAGCCAGGGGGCACCCACCUCACAGGCCACCUCAGUCUCGCCUGCCCACCGCAGGCUGGCUGCUCCUAACCUACCUCGCCGGCUUUCAGAGGGCUGGACGUUCACGACGCUCGUGGCAGUGCUGAAGGGGGGCACUGUCGGCGAGUAAAGUAUUAUGUUUCUUCUUGUCACCUCAGUUCCCUUGGUGGCAACCAGCCCCCAUCCCACCCAUCCCUGGACACGUCUCCAAUUUCCCAUUGGGGGGCUUGGUUUUAACUGUCCCAGUGACACUUCUCCAAGUGGAAAUCUUAUUUUUGUAGAUCUGUGCUUUGCUCUCAAGGCUUGGAGAGGUGUGUGUCCCGCCCUGGCACUCACCACCAGCUGCACAAGGUAGGAAUGUGCCCUGGGGCUGGCUGGGCUGCUAUCCCAGCUGGCCGGAAGGAGACUGUGGUUUGGAGUGUGUGGACAGCCCCGGAGCCUUGAGACAGGUGGCCGGGGCUGGCUGCAGACGGAAUGGCUGAGGACAGGAGCAAGCUAGCCCCGACUCCUUGGCUCAGCAUGGCUCCUUUUUCUAGAACUGCACAGUGAUGGACAGGAGGGAAGAAGAAAAUAGAAACAAGGAAGGAAAGAUGUGCGUACAUGUCAGGUGUUGUCUGAAAAAAAUUAGCACUUCUCACCAAACUUCGUGUAUAAAUAAAAUACAUUAUUUUUCAAAUGAAUCAAUAAAUGGCUUACAUGACC